CUGAGCGCCGCCGGCCCGGCUCUCGCCGACCUUAACCUCCGCGCGAACCUGCUGCGCGACGUACCGCGGCUCGACGUCGCCAACGCAACGAAUCUCAUCUCCGUCAACCUCCAGUCGAACCACAUCGCGUCGGUGCCGGCGCGUGCCUUCUCAGCGGCCGCGUAUUUACGCGGUCUCUACCUCGGAUAUAACCUGAUCGGCACCGUUGACCCGCGCGCCUUCGCCGGACUGAGCCGCCUCGAGGAGCUCUCCCUGUUCGGGAACCGACUCGAGUGGCUUCCGGCGGACCUGCUCGGCGAGCUGACAUCACUUGCCUACCUGUACCUGCACGGAAACGCGCUGCUGGAGCUUCCGGUGGGGUUGCUGGCGACGCAGACGGGGCUGAUCGAGCUGAACGUCGCCGAGAACGCGCUGGUCGACGUCGACGACGACGCGUUCUCGUCGCUCGGUCAGCUGGAGAAGCUCUACGCGAACGACAACCAGAUUCACUCGCUCAGCGAUCAGCUCUUCGCGAACCUCACCUCGCUGAAGACGCUCGACCUGUCCGGCAACAAGGUGCGAGAGCUGACGGCAGGGGCGCUGCGAUGGCUCGUCAGCCUGCACAACCUAAAGAUGAGACACAACGACCUGCACGUCGUCGACGCCGACGCCUUCUCGUCGCUCGCCGAACUCUGGGAGCUCGAUCUCACCGACAACCACAUCGGCGAGCUGCCCGCGUCGCUGCUGACCGCCAACAAGGCGCUGCUGCGGCUGCGGCUGGGACGAAACAAGAUCGAGUCGGUGCACGAGACGUUGCUGAGCGGACUACUGCGUCUGAGAAGCGUCGACCUCAGUCACAACCGUCUCGCCGACGUGCCCGAGAAUCUCUUUAACGGUCUCUCGCGACUCGAGUCGCUCAACCUUAACAACAACGAGCUGACGUCGUUCGCCGUCGGGCUAUUCAAUCGCAUCGGCAAAGCCAACUCUCUCGCUCAUCUCAACCUCGGCGCCAACGCCCUCUUGCGGGUUCCCCCGCGCGCCUUCGUUAACCUGGGCGACCUCGUCUACCUGAAUCUCGCCGACAACAAGCUCAGUUUGCUGCCGCCGGACGCCUUCGAGGGGCUCGGCAAAUUGCAGUACCUCGGGCUGGCCGACAACAAGCUGGUGUCGCUAGCCGAUGGCCUGUUCGAGCCGCUAGGUUCGCUGCGCUGUCUCUACCUGGACGGCAACGGUCUCGAGUCGCUGUCGCCGCUGACGACGCGCGGGCUCACCAACAUCGAGCUGCUCGACCUUAGCAACAACGAGCUGCUCAGCUUCCCGCUAGAGGCGCUCAUCCUGCUGACGUCACAGCAGAAGCCGCUGAAGAGGCUCAGCCUUGCGCGCAACCUCAUAGCAGAGCUGCCCGUCGACAGCGAGCGACUGUACGUGCGCGAGCUCGACCUGUCGCACAACACGAUCGGGCGCGUCGAGCGCGACUUCUUCUACGACGUCGGCUACUCGCUCGAGUCGCUCGACCUGUCGCACAACGUCAUCGCCGAUAUUCCUACGAGCGCCUUCGCCAACCUGCGCAAGCUGACGCGCGUCUCGUUGCGUGGCAACCGCGUGACGCGUCUCUUCGAGCACUCGCGUGUCGAGUACCUGGACGCGGCGCAGAACAACUUCACGACGUUCAGUCUCGUCGACCUGACGCGCCUGCCGCGCCUCGGCCAGCUCGACCUCAGCGGCAACCGCAUCUCGCAGUUUCUGUCGACGACCGUACGGCUCGCGUCACUCACGAGGCUCGACCUGAGCGACAACCACAUCGUCGGCGUGCCGCUGCUCUACCCGACGAACGAGCGCGAGAACCGGCUGCCGAACCUACGCAGCCUCAACCUGUCGCGCAAUCACAUCUCGUCGUUAGAGGGCGCGCGCGGCGCCGCCGUGUCGGGCCUGAAGGAGCUCGAUCUGUCACACAACGAGCUGUACGCCGUGCCGCGUCACGUGUGGGCCGAGCCGACGAUGUCCCUGCGCGACGUCAAUCUGUCGCACAACCAGAUCGAGGCUCUCGACGACGACAGCUUCGCGAAUCUGUCGAGCGUCGAGUCGCUGCGCAUCGCCUACCUGCCGAACCUUCGCCGCGUGAGCGCAGGCUUCGCUAGAGCGCUGCGUAACCUCGUCACGCUGCGCUUCCACGACCUGCCGAUGCUGCCACGCUUCACGAUCGACUACGUGGCGCUGCUCGCCGGCAAACCGCGCCUCCGAGAUCUCGCGAUCGAGAUCAAGAACUCGACGCUCGCCGAUCAGCUUGCUGGAGUCAUGCCGCAGCUGAGCAGCCUCUAUGUCACCGGCAGACACCUGACGGAGAUCACCGACACGGCCUUUCAGAAUUUCUCGGCGAAGCUGACGAAGCAGGAGGACACGAAGUCGCAGGAGGUGCGCUUGACGAUAACAGGUACUAGCGUUCGUCUGCUCGUGGCGCCACUGUUCCCCUACGCGACAUCAGAACAGUCGAUCUACAUCGACCUCGACCACAACCAGCUAGAGACGUUCAGCCAGGAGGCGCUGGAUGUACUGCGCUUCAAUCGGAUCCUCUAUAUCAGCAUCGAGGGUUCGCGCUUCUUCUGCGACUGCUAUCAUCGCUGGUUCAUCUACUGGAUGCAGAAGUUUAGUCGUCGACGCUACAACGCCUACUUAGAUGACCACCAGACGAUUCUUGCAGGAUUGCAGGGCUCUGGCGCAUGCGUCGACGGCGGAGUAAAGAUAUUGGAUGAUCAUUAUAUGAGUUUCCAGCACGUACUGGAGGCAAGCACGUGUUUCGACGAGGCAGGCCAGGACCGCUACAGCAUCGUCGACUUCAACAUCUCGACGCUGCAAUGCCACUACACGCGUCCGCCCGUAGCCGACAAACAUCUAACGGCCUACAUCCUAGGUGGCGCCAUCGGCGGCUCGGGCGUGCUGGCGCUCAUCGCCAUCGUCGUCGUCUGCGCCUGGUGCUGCUGUUGCCGACGAGGCGCGUCGACGCGCAAGAGCACCGAGGAGGCGUCCUACGACAAUAACGCGUACACGAUCACGCAGCCGAACGGCGGCGUUGUCGACAACGGCCACCGCGGCGGCGAGGGCGUGAGCGCGACUAACGGAAGAGCCGACGAGACCGCGCCCAAGUUCCGCUACACGACGCACUUGUGACGAUGUCGGCAUUGCGGUGCGCGCGGCGCCGACAAGGGCGCCCUCAGCAGCGAUAGUUGGAGCGGGCUGGAGACUGGAAGCAGCGAUGGGGGCCACCUGUCAACCCUUGUGUGAUGUUGACCCGUGCUGUGUUUUGUUGUUGUUUUUUAUAGCUUAUGGUUUUCUCAUUGUGUGCGGUGUAUGGUGUUUCGUAACGGGUCUGUAAUAUUAGGCGAGACAAGCGGCUAACGAGGUUAUAU